AUGUCCAUCACUCUCGAAGAGGCGCUCCUCUUGGCAGAGACAGCGUCGCAACAAUCCCCACCCCGAGAUGGCGAAUUCGGGGUCGAGGGGCCUGCCGUGACGGUAGCAGCAGCAGCGGCAGCGUCGGGGGGGUGGAGAGCGGCCGAGAGGAGCGGAGCUUUGGCGGACGCGAACGUUUUGCGUGCGCACGGGGCCCGGCUGCUGGUGGCGGAGAAGAACAUCGGGCGCCCGCUUUACUCGUUCAACGCCCUGCAGCGGCAGUUUAUUCCGGAGCUGUACCAGCCCCCGCCGCAGACCAUACAGGACGUCAUCACUUCCGCGCUCAACCGCGAUUCUUGA